UAAAGGGACUGGGGACAAGAUUAACUGCUAGCCGGGGGUGGCCAGAUGUGGCAGAGAGAGCUCCUGACCAGGAGAUCCACAUCACUUUACCUAAUACAUUUGGGAUUGUGGGCAAGACUAAUUGUCGCAUACAGACUCAGAAUGGGCCGGGGCAGUUCAAUAGUCAAAAGGCAUACUGAAAAAACACAACAUAAUCUUUUUUAAAUAUUUUAUGAUUUUUUGGGCCAAUCUCAAGAUUUUUUGGAGUCUGAAUCAUGAUUUUGGAGUUUGAAUCACUGAGGUCGGCAAUGCUGAUAACCAUACACAGAGUUCAUAAUAUCAAAUAGCAUUCAUAAGCUGUACAUAGAUUGCCAUAUCGUCACAGGUGCCUACUCAGACAAAACUCCUAUUGACUUCAAUGGAAGUUAUGUUGAAGGACUAUAGGAUUUGUUUCCAAGUUAAGGUGGCACCAAGGGAUACAAAUCUCCUAUAGGUCUCUGAGGCUCCUAAUCAAUUGUGAUGUGGACACCUUUCCAUUAGGAACCUUCCAUGGAACUACUUUCAGAAUAAUGUACUAGUCAACGUGAGUAAGGGUGACAGAAUCUGACCCUAAAUAAUUAGAUAAACCAUGUAAUAAAUAACCCCUAUGAACAAAAAUGCAACAUUUUAGUGUGCACUGAUAUAUUUCAUUCAGGGCAGAACCUGAGGGCUGCAGACUUUCCAGAUUUAAUUUAAGAACAUGAGCCAGUAAAUCACCAUUGCAAAACACACUGUUUGUUCUACUUUCCCAUGUGACAAUCUUGAACACGUUUGUUAUUUUAAUCAAAUUGGCAGAGAUAAAAUGGGGUAUAAAGGACAGAGUGCAGAAACUAGUGCUGUGGCUCACACUACUUCAUCCAGCUGUUAUAAAAUGCUGGCCAGUCCUAUUCUCCUUUUGGUUGGCUUAGCCUAUGUCUCCCCAGUCUUUGGUAACAGAGAAAUCCGAGCUAAUGGCACUUUCUCAGACAGAAAGUAUUACAACUCAAUAAACGUCACUAAUGGAGGACCUUGGGGCACUUGGACAUGGGUUGAUAUGUGCCCAGAACAUUUCUAUGCUAUGGGAUAUAGUGUAAAGGUGGAGGAGUAUCGAGGAGCUAGUGAUGACACUGCACUAAAUGGGAUCCGUUUAUUUUGCAUAAAAAUCAACAGUACGCAUAGUGCUGUCUAUACCAUCGAAUCUGAUUCUGGAAAGUUUGGGCAAUGGUCAGGAAUCAUUUGGUGUCCAACUGGGUUCCUAACAUCCUUUCAGCUGAAAGUUGAAGUUCCACAAGGAAUUUUAGACGAUACAGCCGCUAACAAUAUCAAAUUCCGCUGUAGCAGUGGUGCUAUCAUAGAAGGAACAGGCGGUAGCUUUGGUGAUUAUGGUGGAUGGAGUAAUUCAUGCACAAGAGGUGGAAUUUGUGGCAUUGAAACCAAACAGGAACCAUACCAUAAUAUUUUUAUCGAUGACACAGCCCUCAAUGAUGUUCGCUUCUUCUGUUGUGACUGAUUUCUACUGUUGAAUGUUAUUUUCUGGGGUUUCCCAAAGGCUGACACCUGGAUUGUUCUGAACAGAACAUUCCAUUAUUUUCAGCCUUGUGCCAAGCCCCACUACGAAGUCAAUUUGCUCUAAAUCUUAGAAAUAGUUACAUUCUCUG